AUGAAAGUAAGGUUUAUUUUUGUAAUAUUUUGUAUUAGUACUUUAUUUAUUUUAUUUUUGACUAUAUUAUUAAAAACAGAUCUUGAAAAUAAUACAAAAUAUUUAUACAAUGCAAAAGACACAAAUGAAAAUAUUUCUUCAAUUAUAAAGUUUAUUAUUAAACCAAAAUGUGAUAUUAACUUUAUAAUUUGGAUUGUCACAUCCUCUGCAAAUGAUGCUGCAUAUAGAACAGCAUUACGAUAUGCAUAUCCAAAUGAAAUGUUAAAAAGUUUGAAUGUCACAAGAGUUUUUUUAUUAGGAAGACCUAAAGAACAAAGAAUGUGGAAAUAUAUAUUAAAAGAAUCACAAAAGUAUAAUGAUUUGUUGCAAGGAGAUUUUUUGGAAAAUUAUAAAAAUCUUACAUUAAAACAUUUGAUGGGUUUAAAAUGGGCAUCGAGUAAUUGUAAAGCUAAUUUUCUAAUAAAAACUGAUAAUGAUAUUGUAUUAGAUAUUUUUGAGAUAUUAAAACUUUUACAAGAAAAAACAAUAGAAGAAAAUACUAUGUCUGGAUAUAUUUUAAAAAAUAUGAAACCAAUUCGAAUAUCAAAUAAUAAAUGGUUUGCUACAAAAGAAGAUUUUCCAGGUGAAAUUUAUCCAGAUUUUCUUUCAGGAUGGUUUUAUAUAACCAAUUUAAAAGUUGCACAAUUAUUAGUUAAUACAAGUGAAAAAUUUAAGAAUUUUUUUUGGAUAGAUGAUGUAUUUGUUAGUGGAAUUUUAAGACAAAAAUGUGAUAUUAAACUUAAAGAAUUAAAUAGCUUUUAUGCAACAGAUUAUAGGUAUUUAGAAUGUUGUAUACGAGAUAAAAAAAAAAAACUCAAAUGUGAGUUUAUUGCAGGACCUGAUGGAGGUAAAAAAGAAUUACAUAUCAAGUUUAGAAAGUUUUCUGAAUAUUGUCAAUGGAAUUGUUAUAAAAGAAUGAAAGAACAGUUAGUAUCAAAAACUUGUGUAGUUGCUUAUGAAGAAGAAAUGCACAUUGUGAAUUCUAAAGCUUAUGUUUAUUAUGUACAAAAUUUAUAAAGUUAAAUAAAUUAUAUUUGUUAAAUUAA